UGUCUUGCUGCGGAACAGUGGCAUCCACGUGAAUUGAUUCUCAAACUGGUAGAAAAAGGUGCACAUUUGGAGUUUCGCGAUUCGGAAACGCUCACUCCGUUACACCGGGCCGCCAUAGCCGGCAAUUUCGAGGCUAUCAAGGCGUUACUUGACUUGGGACAAAAUCCGAAUGUUCGAGACGCUCGUGAUUUAACACCUCUAUAUCAUGCGGUAUCUCAAGACGUGCCGACUCGAUGCAUCGUUCAGUUGCUCUACGAUCACGCUAUUCUGGGUGUGAUGGACGAUAAGAAUCGUCAGGAGAUCCAUCAGUGCGGAGUGAAACCCAUGCCGAACAUCAUCAACAGGCCUUAUGCCUAUGAAGAACCGAAUAUGCUAAUUCAAAAAGUGCCCAUCUAA